GAAGACAACACACCUGGGAGAAGUCACAUUAUCAUGAGCACAGUUGUACCUUACACAAGAGGCUAUUGAAAGCUGAGGGAGAGAUUCAGGGUCUGAAAGCUCAGCUUGCCAGUCAAAAGGCAUUAUGGGAAAUGCGCUUUAUGGAGCUGCAGAAGAGACAGCAUGAUCUAAGAGAUCAGUUGUACUUUGAGAUUGUCACCAGGUCAGGUGCCUUGCACAAGCCAAGUGAUUCAGCAGAAAUGAGUGAGAACAUCAGAGAUUCAGACUUGGAGAAUGGAAAAAACUCAGAGGAAAAGAAGUGUUGCUGGUCCAGUGGCUUGAACAAAACUCACCAUUUGGAUAUGAAAAUACUGCACAAUGUGGCUUACUCAAACAGCUCAACCAGAUCUACAUCUACCAUGUCUGUCAGCACAAGAUGUGACAAUCGUCCCCUAAGAGCCUUUGUGCCCCAUUCCCCAAUGGACCUGCAGAUUGGACACAGGGUCAGAAUUUUGCUGCCUACAGGCCGGAUUAGCACUGGAACCCUGCGCUAUCUGGGCCAGCCACAUGGCUCAUCUGACUUUUAUUUGGGUGUGGAGCUGGAGCUGGCUGAGAAUGUAAAGGAAGUAGGCGCCCUUGAGGGACAGUGCUACUUUAACUGCAAGCCAGGACACGGUGCGUUUGUGUCAUUUAGCAAGCUACUACUGGCCUGGGAGUAGACAUGUCACUUAGUUCUUUUUAUUACCACUUCAAUUGCCAGGGCUGAUGAGAGGUACCUCCUUGUGAGCAUACAGUAUGCAUACAUGCAGCGAAUUUCCAUCAAUGCCACACAGUAAAGUAUGAUGCAGUAUUUUAAAUAAAUAUUGUCCUACAGCUAUAUCUCCUAACUUCCUACAGUAUUGUCAUACCAUAUGUUUUGGUUAACUUCAAGACUUGUAAGACUUGUUUUGACAGUGUUUGACUUGUUUUCUCACUUGUUUUGACUUGUGUUAAAACCGAGUGCUGAUUUUUAAUCAGAUGAAAAAAGCCUAUUUGUCUUUACUGUCUUUAUAUGCUGUAGCAUUAAGAUUGCCUUUCACUAGUACUAAGGCGCCUAGCUCUAACCUGUUCCAGCUUGACAAGGGCCAUAUGCAGAAAGUGAGGAAAUGAUUUAGGAACCCCAGGCAGAUCUCCCAGGCCUAUGGGUUUGGCUCCUAAGGAUGAAGAGUGGACCGAGGAAUUUUAGUACAUCUGAAUGCAAGAGCCUCUAGUUUUCAGACUGAGAAUAGAUCGCACCUUAUUAACAGUGUCUGGUGAACUGCUGAAUUACAAAAAUGUUAACUUAGUUCCCCUUAGUUACACUAAAGGAAACCAUUGCAAUGCAUCACAGCAAAAUGUAUGGCAUCUCUCACUGCGCUCAUAAAUUUAUUAUGACUUUUGUGAAAGGGAAACGGCACUUCCAUUUUCCAAGAUUCCCGAAAUGUGUAAUAUUGGAUCACUCCUUUUUGUUGGCGUCAUUAAGGCCCCUCUCUAUGAGACUAAACAAAAUGUUGAACUGAAAUUGCUAUCUCUAAAAACUGCUAGCAAAUAGAGUGGUGUAA